AUGAAAUCAUCAGAUAGUCGAGGUGGACUCCACGGCGGGGAAAAAACUCUCCCAUGCACAAGUUUCGAUAGAGCGCUAAGUCAACCAGACAAGUCUUCCGUUGCUGUUUCAGGGUUUUUCUUUCCCAAAAUAGCAAAUUUUUCAAAAUUCAAACGCCUCGGGAACGCCGGGUUCUACCCCACCUACGGGUCGGAGGGUCCGCCACAGACCGCCGGUAAGCAGCUUCAACCCCUACAACGACCGCCAGGCACUCGCCUUCUUCAACAAGAUACCCCCGUUAGUCCGGGUCCUCUUGAAGAUCUCAAACCAAGCACUAUAAUCUCUCACACAGCCAGCCGGAUUGAGAAUUGCUGA